ACGGCGAACGUUAGCAGCUCAGCCUUGUGUUCCUGUCUGCCACUCCCUCCGCAGUUCCACAUCGGGUGAGUGCCAUGAGUUUUAUGGAGCAAAAGAAUGAAGCAUGGAGGAGGGUCCGGGAGGUCCUUUGCCCUCUUCGGUGGUCUUUCGUGAGUCUGUUUUCGUGGGUGGGUGAAGUCCGACGCGGGUUAGAAUGAACAGAUUUAGCGUCACGUAAGGGCUGCUCUUGAACACACUUCACAUAAGAAGAGCCUCAAUGCUAGUUUGUGUUCCCAAGAGUCAGGAAUGACCUGUUCCAGCCAACCGAACUUGAAUUGUGUCAUUGGUCAGGUUCAGAGCCGGGGUCUCGUCAUCCGUUGAUGACAGUGGUAUGUGUUGUGUGUUGUGCUUGCCUUGUGAAUGGAGCCGUCCCAUUGGAAAGGAAAAUGUCGGUCCAUUGAUCCAAAAGCCAAUAUGAGAUGAUGAAAAACCUUGUUUUGCGCCAACCUUGUGGAUGACGGUGGUCAAGACUAACAGCUCUGACAUGUUUUGAAGUUUCUCGGCACAACCAAGUGAACAGAGCAAUUUAUUCAUUACGUUCAUAACGAGAACUGUCAUCGGAAUGAGAGGGCUGAGGAUUAAACAGUCUCAUCGUCGCUCCACCGCGCCCAAAGUCACAUUUAGAAUCUCGGAAAUCGGGCCCUUAUAGAUCAUUUUUAUCAUUUACCGACAGCCCUGGAGGGGCAAUUUUCCGUCACGCUGGAUUCUCAGGAGCACCUCGUUAUUCCAUCAGACACCGAGUCCUCGUUCAAUGAGGACGAUGAUGACCCGCCCACAGAGAUUAUCGGGGGCGGGGACCACAGUGAGCGGACCACCACUUGUUGUGGGACAGGUACCACUUACAUGGGCAUGGGGGCCUACGAGUUGGUCGACCUCCAGCAAUUAGUAGCUCCGACACAAAGUCCCGCCACACCCGACCUUUUGUAUCACCAUGCGGCAACGCUCCUCAACCGGCAGGCCAUUCACGAGUCCGAACCGUUACGAGGAGGUGGCCAUCACCCCUCCUUGGCCCCGGGAUCCACCUCCAUCGAUCCCGCCCUGCUGGACCCAUCACUCCAGCAUCCACCUCGCCACAAUCAUCCCAAUGGGGGCGUGGCCGCCCCCACGCCUUGUGGGUGUCUCUGCUGUGAUCGAAUCUUGCCGAAUUCCAUGAUGACGAAACUGAACAAACUCAACGUGCGAUCCGGCCUUUAUAAAGUGGUCGGGGAGUUCGGCCUUCGAGAGAACUUGUAUUAUGGCUCGAUAUUCGUGUGUAUGACUCUCAUAGUGAUUGUGUGCUUUCUUGUCAUAAAUAACCGGACUGGAGACGCCCUAGGUACAUCCGCCGCUCUCUUUGAUUUAGAUCAACAAUGUGAACUCCUCAUUGAUCCGGUUCACGGAGAGGUCCACCAAACGGGACGAUAUCUCGGGGAUCGGGCCAUCUACACGUGUUCGUCGGGAUGGGAAAUCAUCGGUCCGGAGGAGCGUGUCUGCCAAUCCAAUGGCAAAUGGUCAAACUCAGAGCCCUAUUGCAAAAAGCGAGUGUACUGUCUGGAUCCACCCGUGGUUCAGCACGCUACCCACAAUGGUGCGCCAGAUACGAACCAUUUUCCAUUGGAGACGGUGCUCAAGUAUUCGUGCUAUCCAGGAUACCUCACGGUGGGUUUUGCCCAUGCCAAAUGUUUCCUCUACAACGACACUGCCCAAUGGUUUGGUCCCGACGUGACUUGCAAAGCCAUCCGAUGCAGCGAGCCCGAGGAAAUCCUGAAUGGAGAUGUGGAUCGAAAGUGUCAGACCUUCGGAUGUCGGAUCUCUUAUGGAUGUCGGGCCGGAUACGAAUUGGUGGGCAGACAGCAUCGUUAUUGUCAGGCAGACGGCUCAUGGAGCCCCCGAAUCCUACCAGAAUGUGUUCCAAUCCAGUGCGAGAUCCCUCACAAUCCAGAGAAUGGCCGAGCCGUGUAUGCGUCAGUGUCUUACAACUCACUCAUAUCGUACGAGUGCAACUACGGCUACACGCUCAUCGGGGACAGCGUCCGAAGGUGCGAGCGUGACAAGCAAUGGACAGGAACUCAGCCAUCAUGCAAAGAGAUCAAUUGUGGCUCUCCUGGGAUCCUACCCAACGGGUGGUUGGAAGGGACACGGACCACCCUCCAUGCCGUGUACAUUUUCCCGGUGUCAGGAGGGCAUGACCUUUGAGGGACCUUCCUACCGAACCAUUUGCCAAGCGGAUGGACGGUGGAGUCAUCCGUUGCCAAGAUGUUAUGCUCCCUGCGUUGUUCCGCACAUUUCCCACGGUUUCGUCUCGGAUCGAGCAUCCGGUUCGAGUGUUCCACACAGCCAGACCAUCGAGGUCCAGUGUCUGUCUCAGUUCCAGAAGACGAUGAACACCACAUCGAUCUGUAAAA